ACACGGAGACAAGGAGAUUACUUGGAAUUGAUAUCAAUCGUCUGUAGACGGGCCUGGCGAAAACUCUGUGUGUGUGAUUGUGUGUGUGUGUGUGUGUGUGUGGAUUCUGGGAAGGGCAGUUUGAGACAGAAUAAUUGAUGUCUUUUGGCUGCUUAUAUUUGUUUGGUCAGGGGCCUCUAAAGUAGAGAAAAUGAAGUUGUUCUUGUUAUUAUUGUCCACUAAUCAAAUAACGUAUUCUUCCAUUGAUAAAAGCCUCACAAUGGUUUGCACAAAAGCCAUAUACGUGUGCCUUUACAAGUAUACUGUAGAUGAAAGUGAAAGUAAUGUUCCUAGCUUAUAUAUACAGCUGCACUGCGAGGACGGGAGAUUCCCUGAAAAGGUUUCAGAAUCAUUCAGUAGCAGUUUGGAUUAACAAUGGAAAAAUCUCCCACUUCUAAUGUGAAGAACAUCUUUCGCAGAUUUUCUAUAUUUAGAAAAAGCGAUGGGCACAUUAAAAAGAAACCAUCUAGGCGGUCAAUAGAAACAUUUUCAUCAGAGGAUAAAGACAAGGAAGUUACCCCACAUAAGUUUGAAUUUAAGACCACAGAGAUUCCUCUAAAGCCAUGUUCAGUUUUGCAGAUCAAAACAUAUAUAGAAACAGACAUGCUGAAGGAGGCAUAUCUGAAUCUGCUUUCACUGCGUCUGGAGCUCAAGUUAGAAAAGAGUGCUCUGGUUAAUAAAGAGAAAGACAUCAAUCUGUUGUAUGAUGCACUAAGGCACAAAAUGUUUGCCAUUGUACACAAAUCCAGUGAUGUUAACUCACUCAAUAAAGAGCAGCUGGUGUAUGUGGCCACCAUUAUCCUGGAGGAAGAGAAGAGAGAGGGAGAGCCGGGAGCGAUGCAGGGAUGGAGGGAAGCAUGGAGGGAUGCGGUACUAAACGGGGUUCGAGAUUCACUGAAGAAAGUUCCUCUGGACAGCCGCGAGCAGAACGCUUCCUGGUUGGCAGUGCAUCUUGGGCUUCUGGGUAAAGCUGUGGUAGAGGACUUGGAGAGAGUGAAGACUGAGCUUCUGAGCUCAUAUCCAGCGGAGUUAAAUGUGUUUGAAACCUAUGUGUCCUGCCACCAUAAGGCUGUAGGAGAGCAUCUAAAGAGACUUCUGGAAAAGGUGACAGAGCUGAAAGAUUACUCCGCUCUUCUAGAUUUCAUUAUUCAUCGCUACCCCAGUGAUCUGCAAGCCCAUAAGAAAGAUCUUAUAAUGGAAGAGGAUCUGAACAAAAUAAAAACCUCUUACUGUCAUUGCCAUAAGGAGGAAUUUAAACUUAAACUGGAGAAUUUCAGCACACUUGAAACAGAAGUGUGGAAAAAGAAGAAAUCUCCUAAAAGAACAGAAGAUGGAUUUCUUACGUCAAAAAUACACAUGGACAUUUGUGAGUUGAUAGCGCGUUAUGCUGGGAAUCUUGAGAAGAUCGAUGAAAAUCUGGGGAAAUCAGUUGUAAGCUCCUGUUUAGAUGAGCUAAAUCAAUUUUAUCCAAGAUUUGAAAAAGAGUUUUCACAGCACACUGUCUCUCUGUUGACCUCUGACCUGUUGGACUGCUGUCUUUGGGUAGAAUAUCACAUCACCUACAUCAACAGUUUCAGUUCACUCAAAGAGAAUUUGCAGUGCUAUAAAGAGAGCUGUUCAGCUCAGGUGGAGAAGCUGGAAAAAGAAGUGGAUGGACUGACUCUGAGACUCAGACAGACCCUGAGGGAUCAUUUUAAAUCUGAGGUCAAGCCUUACAUGGAUGGCAUGAUGACAAAAAAAUGGCUGAAAACAGAUGAAGAUUUUAAAGAAGUGAUUUCUAGAGUAGAGAAUUAUUCUGGUCUCUGUAAAUCCAUGAGAGCUCCAUCAGCCCAAAUUUUCGUGAAUGAUUUACACUAUUAUGUAGCCAAAGAAUAUGUCUCUCAGCUGAUGAAGAAAAAAUAUUCAUGCAAAAAAAACAAAAACGAAGAUGCUGCCAUAAAAUUGAAAGAACAGUGGAAUGAACUCAGGAAACUAUUUGUGGAAAUGGGAUCAUCCUUAAAAUGGCUUUAUCCAUUGGGAAAUUACCUUAGUGACAUUAUUGGAAUGGAAAUUGAGAAAAAUAUAAAAGAUCUGUUACAUCCACUGGUUAGUAAUUACCCAGACAUCAGCAAGAAGCAGUUGUCAGCUGUUCUGUCCUUCAGAGACAAUGGUUUUAGCUUGGAGAAGCACAAUGUUAUUAAUCACUUUACUGCGCUUAAACGGGAUGCUGGGAACACAAAUCAUGAGCACUCCUUCUUCACUGACAUAGAGUGAGUUUUCGUUUGGUCAAUCUAAUGCUUCGGGAACAAUCAGGAACUAUCAUGGGGGAAAAAAUAAUUACUCCAUAAUUUAUAAAUAAAAUGUGUACUGUACAUUUUCUUGUUGGAAUAUACAAGCAUUAUUAGUGUGUUUGGUGCAUGAUUACUUAAAUGUGCUUUAUAUGGACUGGUAAAAAUGAUCUGAAAAGGCAUACAAACAUGUUGGCUGUGUUUGGAGUUUAGUGAUGUCCAUUGUGAUAUUGUGCUCAAAGGAAAGAGGAAUACAGCUUGUCUGCAACCUGCCAAUAGAGGGAGACAUUAAACUAUAGACGCGAUAUUUGCAUUUAUUCCAAA